AUGAACCUAUGGCAGGAGAACGAUAGGCGAUUUUCCAACGACGAGCAGGUGGUGUCGUUCCUCAGAAAUUCAAAGCGUAAUGCGAUUGGACAUCCUUCUGUGCCCUGCUGUGUCGGUCUCGGUAUGAACUUGGAGAAGACUAAGGUCAUAUUCAACAUACAUGUCGUACUGAAACCAAUAUACGUCAAAGGGAAACCUUCCGAAGUUAUUGCUAAAUAUGCCUACUUAGGUCAUACAGAAAUGAGCGGUACAAUGAAAGACGACUCAAAAGAUACCAAGCAAAAUUCCAGUGAAUCCACAAACCCAUAUGCCAUUUGGAAAGAUAAAGAUAGAAAGUCGGUUGUUGUUUCAGCUAACACUUUAAGGAUUCUACGUUUUGGUAGCAUCCUGCAAACUUGGACAGAAGUAUCCAAAAUAAAUUACAUGUCUAAUCUGACACUAGAUGAUUACCCGAAAGAACAACGGUUUCGAAGUAUAAGUUUUCUUCCAAGAUACCGUAUAAGUCCUGUAUUCGAGAAUCUGAUAACGAUAACGGAAAAUAUUAACAGAGAUAGUAUUAUGUCCGAACGAUUUCCUAAAAGUGUGACAUCGCUUUUGAAUGAGGACCAAUUGUGGGGUUGUUUUUAUAACUUUCCGGAAUUAUACGAUGAUAUUUAUUCACCGAUCGUUCCUAUAAGAAAUAUUAAGGAUGUUCCUGAAAUUAAGGACGGAGUACUUACAAGGGAUGUGGUGACUGCGUGUCUUAGUUAUUUGAAACGAACGCCUAUUAUGAAGGACUAUGUGUACAUUAAAUUAAAUAUAUCAUCCAGAUAUCUAACUGACAUCGGUGUAUUAAAACAUUAUAAAUACCUCGUAUACCUUGAUUUAUCAUCUAAUUUGUUAACUGACUUAAAAGUUCUCUCAAACCUUCUCUAUCUACAAUAUCUCUCUGUGGAUUUCAACAGGUUAAAAGCUGUUUUGGAUUAUGAAACACCUCAAUGGUUUUUAACAGAAGUGCAUUAUAAGUACAAUUCCGUAAUGAACAUUCGUGAGUUAAAAGAUUUUUGGUCUAUCACAAUAUUGGAUUUAUCGCAUAAUAAUAUUAAAUGUAUAGAAGGACUUCAAAACUUACGUUACUUGCGACGUCUCGACCUCUCGUUCAAUCACAUACAACGUCUGGAAAAUUUAAAUCACCUCCGUCUAACAUGGCUGGAUGUUUCUUAUAAUAACAUAUCGAGUUUCGAAUAUGGGUCAGAUGCAGGGCUCUGGACCUUAUUGCAUUUGGAGAUCCUUAACUUAAAUGACAACAAAUUAACGUCAAUGAAACUAUUUUCUGGCUGCACGAGAUUGAGAGAACUCCACGCCCGAAAUAAUUGUUUUAAUGUACUAUUGGAGCUUGCAAUAUAUAUGAGUAACUUGAGAAGCUUGAUCCUCCUCGAUCUAUCCUCUAACCCUAUCUGCAAUAUUCUCGGGUACAAGGAUGUAGUCUACAACAAAUUUCCCAAACUAUUACAGUUGGAUGAUAAGGAAAUCGAUCCAGUGGAACAGAGAGCGUCUAAAAUGGACAUGUCGCCUGAUAUUAUAACAUUUGCAACGCGUCGUCUUCUUCGUUUAUUGUACAUACAACAGCUGUCCAGAUCUCGCGUCUCCCCCUUCACUCCUCCAGCAGAUACAACAGAUAUUCCUAUAGUCGUUAUUGUCGGCUACGAAGCUGUUGGAAAAGGAUCUUUGGCCCGUCGUCUUGCAACCGAAUGCAACUCCAAUAUAGAACUGGCACUACAACACACCACGGCCUGCCACUUCUUAGACCACUACAAAGUUAUAACGAGACGGAAGUUCGACGAUAUGCUUCUCGCUGGCGAUCUGUUAACUUAUAGUGAAAUGGACGGGGAAUCAUACGGACUAAGUCGCGAGGAAGCAUUUGUUAAAGACGGAAGAGUAAAAGUUGUUACAAUGGACUUAAUAGGCGCCCUUAUGUUGAAGCUGCGGGGAUACAGACCAUAUUUGAUACUAGCUUCCUGUUCUGACAGACAGACCUUAUCCUGCAAACAGCUAGAACGGAGAGAAGCAAGAAAUCUAAUAUAUGAAAAAAAAAUGUUCAUGGAAGAACCCAUGGAGAUUUCGACAUUACAAGUUUUACUUUCCGGCCGGAUAAUAAUAAAUGGUAUACUUAAUGAGAUAAUACAGACUUUAUCAGACGAAAAUGACAAUAAUGAUUUUAUAAUAGAUUCAGAGUGUUCUCUAAUGUUGGAUAGCGAUGAAAGAAAGAGAUUUGAGAUCAAAGAGGUAGACAGAAUUGCAAUGACCUUUUCUAGCACGUUAUCUCUCAUUAGUAAGAAUAAUAAUGAUAAAAGCAGCCUCGUAGAUUCCGGUAUGUAUUCUCUUUAUAAAGAGCAACCUGGUAUAGAUGAAUAUACCAGCAAUGUUUACGGACUAGAAUCCUACCAAGAGAAAACCCAGCAUAAAAGAUCAAAUGCUUUUCGUCAUUUAGCAAACAAACAGGAUCAAAUCAAUCUAAACCGAAAAAGUAUUGAAGAUAAAAAUAUAUCGUCUACAUGGAGAGGUUUACCGGGUAGCAGGAAAUCUUCCAAAUCAGUUGCCUUCACGUCUCCUGAGAACUCGGACUUGAUUGAUAAAGACAUCAAUUCUUCUGACUUAUUGUUCGAUCCACAACCCGAAAAAGACGUUGAUAAUUUGUUAAUGAAAUCAAUUAGUGCAAAGGUAGCGUGGCCACAGGCAGAUGGCAUUAAACCACAGGACGACCUAUGGCUUGCAUUCCUGUUGGGAAACGGCCUAUUGCACACAAGCAAUGCGAGGACACAAUCACAACUUCGCUGGGAAACUCAAGUAGACGGCCCAGAUUUCAUUGUUAAUCAACUAAGACACGCCCAAACGCUGACAACAGAAAGCUUCACAACAACCAUAAAGGAUGACUAUGAAGAAAUACAUAGGAAAUGUCCUGGCCUAUUUUGGGAUACUGUAAACAUGGAUAAUCCCGAUGCCGCAUUUAAAAAAAUUAAAAUAAUCAUCAGAGACAUUGUCAACUCCCAGAAAAAUCUUAAGCCAAUGUUUGACAUAAACUUUACAAAUUUAAAUUACCCCAUUCUUGAGAAGAGGCUAAUGAGAAUUUGCAAAGAAAUUGCUCCUCAGAGACUCUUUUACUAAAAUAAACAAAAUAAUAUUAAAAUGGUUAUUUAAUUU